CCGGUUUGUCCCUCUUGUCGGACCCUUCGUCAUUGGUAUGGUCGGCCCAUCUCAGUGGCUGAGGAAGUGAAGGGGAUACGGGAUAUGGUGAAGGGAUUGACGAGGCAGGUUACAGAGAUUGUAUCCACUACGGGGGUCACGGCAUACCGGGACAAACCUGGAGGGCCCUAUUCGCUUCGCUGGGACCGCCGGAACAGCGAUCCCUGGAGGAGCGUUGAGGACAGAAAUCCUCGGACGCUGACUGAUUAUCGGAUGCGAGAGAACGAGAGAGAUGAGGAACAGUGGCGACGUAGGGACGACGAGAUAGACCGAGACCGCAGAGAUYACGAUGCGUUCGUACGAGCGAAGAGGCUGGACGAUUACCCGCGGAGCUCCUGCUAUGAGACUGACCGGGAGAGGGGCGACUCCCGCAGCCGAUGGGAGAUAGAUCAGGUCCGACGAGACGGAUAUAGGGGAGGUAGAUACGAGAGAUCGGGCCAAUAUGGAUAUAGGGAUGUCAGAUACGAGAGGUCGACCCGAGAUAGCUACCGAGGAGGUAGGUAUGAGAGAGGAGAUCGGAACUGGGAACGACGAGAUGGGUCGCGCGGACGAUUUGAGCGCGGGGAAGACGUGAGAGGACAGCGCGACGAGUCGCGAGGAUGGUACAACCGAGGAGACCGACGCGAUGAGUCACGAGGACACUAUGACUCGAGAGACCGCCGGAAUGACUCGCGAGGGCAGUAUGAGCAAGGAGGGUCUGGAGGAGACGGGCGCAACGAUUCGCGCAGUCGGAAUGAGAAAGGGGGAUAUGGUGUCUCAUCAGAACCAUAUCCAAAGUCGCCUGACCCCAACACGGCCAGGAAAUCGAUGUCUAGGGGGGCGGACGACAGGGCGUCUACUCCCAGGAACUCAUGUGUCUACUAUAGAGGAGAGAACCAUAUCAAGAGGGAUUGCCCGGACCUCAGACGGGCAAUAGAUGAGGGGCUUGUCGUGCUUGACGACCGCAAGUACGUCAAGUGGGCAGAUACUUUGGGAGAUGUAUCGAUGUUCCCUUCGAUGAAGGAGAAUGUCGAAGCAAGGAGAGUGAAACCGAGUAACGGAAUGGAGCCGGUCAGGAGCCAGAGCAUCAAGAUAACUUUUGAAGGGGACAUGGCGACCACACCCAUAAG